GGGAGUCGUUGGAUCGGUCGUGUCGCAGGUUUACGUUCAGGUUGUCCACGACGCAGCGAUGUCUUCGGAGGAAGAGGACGGUCGUCAGCGCAGACUGCUGGGCAUCGUCCUGGAAGCUGAGAUCAAGCUGCACCGGAUCGAGCUCCCACAGCAGCAUGUCUGUAAGGAGGAGGAGGUUCUCACUGACCAGCAGCUCUGUCACCAGGAGAGGAACUCCAGUCUGGACCAAGAAGAACAAGAACCUCCACAGAUUAAAGAGGAACAGGAGGAAAUGUGCACCAGUCAGGAGGGAGAGCAGCACCAGCUCCUCUCUCACAACUCUCCUGUAGAUGAGAGCCAAGAUCAGAACAGAAGAAAACAUGUGGAUUCAGGAUCAACAGGAAAUGAAGAACCAAACCCACAGAAGAGUUUUCAUGAAAACAGGAGUCACAGUAGCAAUUUGGACAACUCUCCCAAAUCAGAGAUUAACUAUAAUACUCACACAGGUAAAAAGUCUUUACAAUGUGACACUUGUGGAAAAACUUUUUUGUAUGAGAGUUACUUAAAAGUACAUCUGAGAAUCCACACCGGUGAGAAGCCAUUUUUAUGUCAAAUAUGUGGAAGAUCAUUCAGGAUCAUGCCCAUAUUAAAAACGCAUAUGACAACUCACACUGGUGAGAAGCCAUAUUGUUGCCAAAUAUGUGGUAAAUGUUUUGCAAAUAGAGGCAGAUUGAAAUUCCACAUGAGUAUUCACACUGGUGAGAAGCCAUUUUCGUGCAAAUUAUGUCAGAAACGUUUUGUGAUGAGUGGCAGUUUGAAAGUUCAUACGAGAAUUCACACAGGUGAGAAGCCAUAUUCUUGCCAAAUAUGCACGAAAGGAUUUAGACGUUGUGGUGAUUUGAAAGACCAUGUGAAGUUUCACACUGGCGAGAAGCCUUUUUCGUGCAGAAUAUGUCAUAAAGGUUUUGUGAAAAGGGGUGAUUUAAAAGUCCAUAUGAGAAUUCACACUGGUGAGAAGCCUUUUUCGUGCAAAAUAUGUCAGAAACAUUUUGUAAGCAGUGGUCAAUUGAAAAUCCAUGUUAGAAUUCACACCGGUGAGAAGCCAUAUUCUUGCCAAACAUGUGGUAAAUGUUUUGUAACUACAGGUAGUUUGAAAUCCCACAUGAGGAUUCACACAGUUGAGAAGCCAUUUUCGUGCAAAAUAUGUCAGAAAAGGUUUGGACAUAGUACUCAGAUGAAUGUCCACAUGAGGAGCCACAAGUGAGAAGCUAUUUUCUUGCCAAAGAUGUGGGGAAAGUUUUUCACAUUGUGAUGUAUUGAAUUUCACAUGAGAACUCAGACUGGGGAGGAGCCUGCAACACGUGAUAAAAGAUUCUCUUAAUUUACACACAUGAAAAGUCAUUUAAAGAUUUAUACAGUUAAAAAAAUGUGUGUUUACAAAACAAGGAUGUAUAUAGGUUAAGUGUUGUUGAAGAUGAUAAAUGAUCUGAGGCUGUCCAACCAUCCUGCAACUACGGUCUUUUCACAAACUUGUCCUUUAUUUCACUGUAUUCUUUUUCAUUCAUCAAAUUGAUAUCAUUUUUAUUAUUUCAGUCUGCAGAGGAAAAGCAAACCCAUGUAGUAGAUGUUCUAUGCUGCUUUAUGACAUUUGCUACAUAAAUAAACUUGUAUUUUAAUAAUAAAAAUAUUUCUCUCAA